CUCCCUCCUCCUCCUCCUCCAUCCAGUGAAGGCACGGCCAGAUAUCACGGCGACAAAAGAGAGAUAGAGAACGAGGUGUAGAGAGACCUUCACAGGCACUGAGAGUGAGAGAGAGAGCGAGAGAGAGAGAGAGAGAGAGAGAGAGAAGGAGGCUGCAGACUUUCCGACCAGAGAGGAAGAGGAGAGGAGGAAGAAGAGACAGAGGUAGAGGAGUCUCCAUCUUCGCCAUUUCAAUCAUGACUCUGGAUGGCGGCUUCUGAAAUUCAGUUUGGUAUAAAGACUCCUCAACUACAUGACCAGUGCUACACCGAGCUCUGACCAGAUGGAGGUGAAUGCAGUUAAAAAACGCCAUCGCACACGAUCCAAAGGAGUCAGAGCUGCCGUGGAAACAGUAACACAGGAGUUAUUCAGCUGUCCCACCCCGGGCUGUGAUGGCAGCGGUCACGUCAGCGGGAAGUACGCCAGACACCGCAGCGUCUACGGCUGCCCGCUGGCCAAGAAGAGGAAGGCUCUGGAAAAACAGCCACUGGAGCCGGCUGCCAAGAGGAGGCCCUUCCUCACCUCCUGCACAGGGGAGGAGGAGGAGGAGGACGGCAGCGUUUACACCAGCUACGAGAAUGAAGCCAUGGAGGUGGGGGCGGAGGGGAAGGAGCAGGGGGAGGUAGUGGAGGAGGACGAGGAGGAUGAGGAGGGGGAGAGAGAAGGAGACGAAGACGGUGAUGUGGAGGACGAGUUCUCAGAGGACAACGAGGAGCAGGGAGAGGAGGAGGAGGAAGAGGAGGAGGAGGAAGAAGAGGAGGAGGUAGAGGUGGAGAGAGCGGAUAUGACGAUGGGAGGAGAGCGGGCGGAGGACGAAGAAGGGAUGUACGAGGACGAGGAAGAAGUGGAGGAUGGUGAUGAUGAGGAGGAGCCGGAGGAUGAGGGAGAGGAAGACGACCAAGACGAGGAGGAGGAAGAAGAGGAGGAGCAGAAUCGUCAGCAGGUAGAGAACCACUACAAACCCGGUGGACAAUCAAAGCUCUUUCCAAUUCAGAAGGACGACAACAACAACAACAGCUGCACCAUCAGCGCUGGUAACGGCACCGGUGAGGAGUACGAGAACUACGACGAGCUGGUCGCUAAGUCGCUGCUCAACCUGGGCAAGAUCGCAGAAGACGCUGCCUACCAGGCCAUGACCGAGUCUGAGAUGAACAGCAACUCCUCCAACAGCGCCGGGGAAGAUGAAGAUGAUGAGGAGGAUGACCGCAGCGAUCAGGGCGACCGGAAGGGCGAACUGAGCGUGGACCUGGACAGUGAUGUAGUCAGGGAGACAGUAGAUUCCCUGAAGCUCCUUGCGCAGGGCCACGGCGCCAUGCUGCCCGAGGAUGGCUACCCAGAGGGCGCCAUGGUGGACGACCGCGGCCAUGCUAAUGGGCGGCCCAGCGUGGGGGUUAGGAUUCAGGAGGACGAGAGCGAGGAGGAGGUGUGUCUCAGCAGUCUGGAGUGUCUGAGGAACCAAUGCUUUGAUCUGGCUCGGAAACUGAGCGAGACGCAGACGUCAGAUCGCCCCGGCGUCCACGUCCUCCACCACCAACUCCAAAUCCCAUCAGACCAGCAGGUGGUGCAUCACCUGAACAGGUACGACAGCUGCCACCAGAGUGCACAGGAGGAACACAGGGCUCUAGAGCGCAGCUACUCCGACAUGGUGAACCUGAUGAAGCUGGAGGAGCAGCUGAGCCCAGCGUCCAGAGGUUAUCCAACCAGCUGCAGCCAGGAGGGUGACGAAGACACCACAUCGGUGGCCUCUGACCGCUCGGACGAGACCUUCGACAUGGCCAAGGGAAAUCUGUCGCUGCUGGAGAAGGCAAUCGCCCUGGAAUCGGAGCGGGCGAAGGUCAUGAGGGACCGGAUGGCCUCAGAGCAAACGUUUCCCCGUCGGGAUCACCAUCAUCAUCAUCAUCGUGGCCAUGGUGAGCAUAGCCCGAGGCUCAGCAGUGCCGCGGAGGAGCGCAAGUCCAGGAUGCACCAUGAUGGGUUGAAAAGGGCGUAUUACCCUAAAGACUCUUCCAGGGGGGAGAAGAAGGAGAGUAAGUGUCCAACGCCAGGCUGUGACGGGACUGGUCAUGUGACGGGUCUGUACCCGCACCACCGCAGCCUGUCUGGGUGUCCUCACAAAGGAGUCCCGCCUGAGAUCCUUGCCAUGUAUGAAAAUGUUUUAAAGUGCCCCACUCCUGGCUGCUCUGGACGGGGUCAUGUCAAUAGCAACAGGAACUCGCACCGCAGUCUGUCCGGCUGUCCCAUCGCCGCCGCAGAGAAGAUGGCGAAGGUCCAUGAGAAGAGCCACUCGACUGACAGCGGCAGUAAGACCAAUCAGACGUCAGACCGUGUCCUCAGGCCAAUGUGUUUCGUCAAGCAGCUGGAGAUUCCUCAGUAUGGCUACAAAAACAACGUUCCCACCAGCACACCACGGUCUAACCUGGCCAAAGAGCUGGAAAAAUACUCCAAGACCAGCUAUGACUACACGGGUUAUGACAACCAGCAUGGCGGAUAUGGAAAGAGAGGCCCAACAACCAAGUCCCACCACGGGCGUGACACCUCCCCAAAGGGAUACGAUGCUAAGCGCUACUGCAAGACGUCGAGCCCGGCCAGCAGUACGACCAGCAGCUAUGCACCCAGCAGCAGCAGCAGCCUGAGCUGUGGGGGAGGAGGAGGUGGUGGAGGAGGUGGAGGAGGAGGAGGAGGAGGAGGAGGGGGAGGGGGAGGAAGCAGUGCCAGCAGCACCUGCAGUAAGAGCAGCUUUGACUACACCCACGAUAUGGAGGCAGCCCACAUGGCGGCCACGGCCAUCCUGAACCUGUCGACGAGGUGCAGGGAGCUCCCGCACGCUCUUGGAGGGAAACCCCAGGACCUGCUGACACAGAGUCCAGUUGGCGACCUGGACGACAGCGGUGUGGUGGAUGUGGCCGGUCAGCCUGGCGGUCCGGAGGGAAGCGGGACGGUGUUAACCCCCCUGCAGCCGAUGUCGCCCCAGCGGCAGGCUCUGCUCAGUAGUCGCUGCUACCAGCUGAGCGAAGCCGACUGCUGGGACCUGCCCGUCGACUACACCAAGAUCAAACGGCUGGGAGAAGAGCAGGACCACAAAGAGUCGGCCUAUUUCUCGUCCCUACACCAGAGCGACGAGCUGGAUCCCUUCCAGGACCUGAUGGACGAGCAGCGCUACCCGUCCGAGGUCACCAUGCCCAGCCCCAAACACCACAAGUACCCGCCCUGCAAGGAGAGCAAGAAGGAGCUCAUCACGUUGUCAAGCUGCCAGCUGGCCGACAAGAACAUCCGCGGGAUGAUGACGACCAACUCUCAAGAACUCAAGUGUCCGACCCCCGGCUGUGAUGGAUCUGGACACAUCACUGGAAACUACGCCUCCCAUAGGAGUCUGUCCGGUUGUCCACGAGCCAAGAAGAGCGGAAUCAAAAUCCUGCACAGCAAAGAGGAUAAGGACGACCAGGAGCCAAUCAAGUGUCCGGUGCCGGGCUGUGAUGGACAGGGUCAUGUGACGGGGAAGUACGCCUCCCACCGCAGCGCGUCAGGCUGCCCCUUGGCAGCAAAGAGGCAGAAGGACAGCUACGUCAACGGCUCGCAGUUUGUCUGGAAAUCUGGCAAAACGGACGGCAUGAGCUGCCCAACCCCGGGCUGUGACGGCUCAGGACACGUCAGCGGGAGCUUCCUGACCCAUCGGAGUCUCUCCGGUUGUCCUCGUGCCACCUCGGCCAUGAAGAAGGCCAGGAUGAGCAGUGUGGAAAUGCUGACAAUCAAGCAAAGAGCAAGCAAAGGCAUAGAAAAUGAUGAAGAAAUCAAACAGCUGGAUGAAGAAAUCAAAGAUCUGAAUGAGUCCAACAAUCAAGUGGAGUCAGACAUGAUAAAACUGAGGACACAAAUCACCACCAUGGAGACCAACCUGAAGUCCAUUGAGGAGGAGAACAAAGUGAUUGAACAGCAGAACGACUCGCUGCUGCACGAGCUGGCCAACCUCAGCCAGUCGCUCAUCAACAGCUUAGCUAACAUCCAGCUUCCACACAUGAGACCGCUGCCACAGAAAGAGGCCCCAGUAAAGCAUAACUGCUGUUUACAGAUGCCUCCCAGAGAGCCAAUGAAUGAACAGAACUUUGACACUUAUGUGAGUACACUGACAGACAUGUACACUCACCAGGACCAGUACCAGAGCCCGGAGAACAAGGCGCUGCUGGAGAACAUCAAACAGGCCGUUCAGGGUAUCCAGGUCUAGUCCUGACGGAGGCCCAAAUAACAAAUGCAAAGCAAAAUCAACAACAAAAAAAGUCAAAAAGAUGGGAAUGGUUGUUUUUUGCUGCUGUAAUCUACCAUAGUUCUUUUAUUUAUUCUGCUGUUAUGCUCUCAACUCCAUGGGUAUCUCUUUUUUAAAAUUAUUUUGAUUGUUGUUGCCUUGCUUUGAAAAACAAUUACCAACGUUUUAAACAAACAUUCACGUUUUGUACAUUUUCAUAUGAUCUAAUAUAAUGUGAUGUACUGUUUAUAGCUGCUAAUGUAUGCACAUUCUAGUGUAUAUGUAUGUAUUUAUUUAUUGUAAGCUUGAAUCAUUUUUUUUUUUUUCAUUUUAAUGCGAUUUACAUACAUUAAAAAACUGGGCGUCACGGGUUUAACGGGGAGCAAAGCGGCGAGUGCGAAAAUCAGGCUUUUCUCACGAGUUGUAAAGCUUGAGGUUGGUUAAUGGAUGGAAUUCACUAAUUUUUGUAAUGUUUGAAAGUGGAUCAUGUGGACACUGAAAUAACUGUAAAUCUUAAGCUAAAAUUAUGACAAGAACCAUUGCUAUAAGCACGAAGAUUUCAAACAUCAUGACACGGAAACUUACUGGUGCAAAUCCCAUCAUCCCCUUCGGAGUUGUUUCGUUUCAAACUGUCCUGUUCUGUUGCUUUUCUUUGCUCAUGCGAAAAGACCGGAGCGGAAAGACCAAUGGCUACAGAAAAUGUAGGAGACAAUCUGCCAUUCUGAAUUUCUUUUAAUCAUCAACCUUGACUAGCUAAUAGGACAACGUGUCAGCAAUAUUGGUAUGAUAAUAAUAAAUCGUUUGUUUAGAUAUGGGAUGCAAUCUAUAUGAAAAAAAAUGUUUGGGUAUAUGCAAUUUCUUAUGAAUAAAACUAGCAAAGAGCUGAUAGAUCUUUUUACUAACUAUAAAUGUAUUGCGUUUUGUAUAAACCUUUUACUACAAUCAUGUUUUGGGAAUCUGACGCGGGUGAAAGGACUUUGGUUCUGUCAUGAUCGACUUUGCACAGGGACACCUUUGUUUCCAUGUUUUGAUGUUUUUAUUGUCAAUUAAGAGGCACUUGGCAGGCGAAAGGAUUUGUAGAUGUGAUUUUUCUUUCUAAAGGCUGAUGGCUCCACUGGACUUACAGGGUCAAACGUCCCCAUUCGUCAUUGUAUAUUGCACUCGUCCUGUUGAAAACGUCUUUCCAAUCAUGCAUCUUAUUGUCUGAGCCACAAUGGGACAUGAUGCCAGACGACAUGAUGACCAAGCAGCACUUUUUUUUAUUAUAUUUGAUUGUUAUUGAAAAGAUGAAUGAAAACUAGAGCCAGCAGUCGUAACUCCAUGUCUGUGCAGAAUUUACCGACUGAGUAUUUGAUCUGAAUCGGCCUUACGGUGACAUUCAGUCUGAAAACACUGUACUGAUGGAAUAUGUUUUCUGAACACCGUCGAUCAUGCAUGCACUUUAUUGGAGUAAUGUCAAAGUAUCAUCACGUGGUAAAUGAAGCAAAAACUGUACAGCGAGUUUGUGGAAACUGUGACUAUGAGAAGACUUGGUGCUGGGUGAUUCCUGUUUGAAAGCAACUUGGAACAAUUUUCAUUGAGUUGAUUUGUUAUUUAAAGGAAAACUCCCCCUCUGGCUCCCUUACAUUGUUAACCUCCUCCUCUGGUAUAUGUUUUUAGCAUCAAACCCACAGAAUGCUGAACCACACUGACAAACAUUUGUCUCAAACGUUACCUUUCAGGUUAAUUCUUAAGUACAAGAAAUGCUCCAGUUGUUACCAUCUAAAACAUAAUGUUGUGAAUGUAAAUUAUAAAACAUGAAUGCAUCGUUUCAUUGGUUAAUAUGGGACAAAUAAUAUUUUAUUAUUGGAAUUUUAAAAAGUGAGAGGCAACUUUAUACAAAUUGGAAAUAAGAAUGAAAGGAGUUAUUUCUGGCAUCCAGGGUUUUGCAAAAGUAAAAAAAAUAUAUAUACAUUGUCUUCAAAGUUUGGAUGGACCUGAAACACCUGAGUUAUUAUCGGUUUUUAUCGGUGCAAAAAGUCAAAAGAACAAACUUGUGUGCAUAAAAGCUGAAAGGGAGAAGAGAACUUCAACUCCCAAGGAGCAUUUCAGGGAGAUGCAUCCAAGCAAGUAGUAUCGUGAUAUUUGCCAUGGCAAUACUGUAUCGAUACACGGACGCCAAGUAUCGAUUUUUUAUUAUAUAAAUUGCAGAUGGGAGUUUUAACUUUUUGGUACUAGAAUAAU